AUGUCCGCCAACGACACCAUUCCAGCUGAUCUCGAACCCAGUGCCUCCGCUGUCGGGGGCAUGUUCAUCCUGCUCGCCUGCUGUGUCAUGAUUCCCUUCAUCUGUUUCCUACUUGCUCGUUGUGGGUUCAAAGAUCGGAGCAAAUUCCAGCCGUCCACCCAUUACAUCUGCAACGCACAGUCUUCCAUCACCCAGCCCAUCCUCUACAUCUCCUUCGCCUUUGGUGUGGUGUUUUCGGCCUGGGCUUUUGCUACUGGCGCUCUCGAAGAGCUCGACUCAUCUAGUGUCGCGUUCCUGACUGCUGGCGCGACAGCAGCGAUCAGCGCUCCCCACUUCCUACUACCCAACAUCUGUUCCCGUUAUCAUACCGAACAGGGUUCCGAUGUGCCUGCUCCGAGGCCUCCGCCCCCUGGCCGUGUGCAGCCUUCUGAACAAGUCCCUGGUGAGGACUCCACUGUGCCUGCUCAGGGCAGACACUUGGAGCAGGAUGACAGAUCAUGGUCUCUGGACCUAGAGUCUGCGUUUGCGUCGGAGGAAGAACAGCGUCUUUUGUGA